AUGGGAAUCCUGGACUAUCUGAUGAUGAGGUCGUUGCCUUAUGCUGCCUUCUGCUCGAAGCCUUUCAAAUCUUCAGAAGCCGCCAGCUCCCAGGACUCAAGGGCACUGGAACUGGCCGACUUCUAUGGUGUCUUCGCUGUCUACGCCGUUGACUUUCCGACACGUACGACCCACCAUCUUGGAUCUUCCGACACGUACGACAACCACCAUCUUGGACCUUCCGACACGUACGACAACCACUAUCUUGGGCCUUCUGACACGUACGACAACCAUUAUCUUGGACCUUCCGAUAAGGACGACAACCACCAUCUUGGGCCUUCCGACACAUGCGACAACCACCAUCUUGGACCUUCCGACACAUACGACAACCACCAUCUUGGACCUUCCGACACGUACGACAACAACCAUCUUGGACCUUCCGACACGUACGACAACCACCAUCUUGGGCCUUCCGACACGUACGACAACCACCAUCUUGGACCUUCCGACACGUACGACAACCACCAUCUUGGACCUGCCGAUAAGGACGACAACCACCAUCUUGGGCCUUCCGACACAUACGACAACCACCAUCUUGGGCCUUCCGACACGUACGACAACCACCAUCUUGGACCUAGGUCCUAUC